AUGCUUCUUUCUCAUAAGAAAUAUGCACAGGAAACAUUGGAGCGUGCAGGUAUGAGGACUUGUAAGCCUGCAACAAUUCAUGUUGACACUAACUCAAAGCUUAGUGCGGAUUCAGGUCCUCCUGUGGCAGAUCCGACUCAUUAUUGCACUUUAGCAGGUGCUUUGCAGUACCUCACUUUUACUCAUCCAGAUAUUGCUUAUGUAGUAGAGCAGUUGCGUUUGAUCACUUAUACUGAUGUUGAUUGGGGAGACUCAGGUGACAUUAGUCGUUCCACUUCUGGUUAUUGUUGUUUUCUCAGUGAUAACUUGAUUUCUAGGCAGUCUAAGCGUCAGCCUACUACUCUUUCUAGAUCAAGUGUUGAGGCAGAAUAUCGAAGCGUCGCAAAUGUUGUCGAGGAAGCUUGUUGGUUAUGCAAUCUUCUUCUGGAGUUACACUGUCCUCUCCGACAAGCUACUAUUUUUUAUUGUGAUAAUACAUUUUCACUAAAGGUCUUCCACGACAGUAAUUCUUGGAGUUCAAGUCCAAUCUCAGUGUUCGCCCUCCUCCAACUCCGGCUGUGA